AUGGACAGAACCUUGGAAUCUCUGAGACACAUCAUUGCCCAAGUCUUGCCUCACAGAGACCCAGCUCUAGUCUUCAAAGACUUGAAUGUUGUGUCGAUGCUACAGGAAUUUUGGGAAGGCAAGCAGCAGCAGAGGGCUGCAUUCCCAGGUGAAGGUGUGGUGGUCUAUGAGUCGCUGCCAGCUCCUGGACCUCCCUUUGUGAGUUACGUGACCCUUCCGGGGGGAAGCUGUUUUGGCAACUUUCAGUGCUGCUUAAGUAGAGCAGAGGCCAGACGGGAUGCUGCUAAAGUGGCCCUAAUCAACUCCCUCUUCAAUGAGCUGCCCUCUCGCAGGAUCACCAAGGAAUUCAUUAUUGAAAGUGUCCAGGAAGCAGUAGCCUCCACCAGUGGCACGUUAGAAGAUGCAGAUGACCCCAGCACCAGCAUCGGAGCCUAUCACUACAUGUUGGAGUCAAACAUGGGCAAGACCAUGCUGGAGUUUCAGGAGCUGAUGACCAUAUUCCAGCUACUGCACUGGAAUGGAAGCCUAAAGGCCCUUCGUGAAACGCGGUGUUCCCGACAGGAAGUCAUCUCCUACUAUUCCCAGUAUUCCCUAGAUGAAAAGAUGCGCAGCCACAUGGCCCUGGACUGGAUCAUGAAGGAGCGAGAGUCACCAGGAAUUCUCUCUCAAGAGCUACGAAUGGCCCUGAGGCAGUUGGAGGAAGCCAGAAAAGCAGGACAAGAACUACGGUUUUACAAAGAAAAGAAAGAAAUCCUGAGCUUAGCCCUGACCCAGAUCUACAGUGACCCUGAGCCUUCCUCGCCCAGUGAAGAUCAGCUGAGCCUCACAGCCCUGUGUGGCUAUCACUAG